GCAAAACCCGUACUAUAAAAUUAGUUUACUACAAAAUUCUUUUCCUCUAACUCUGUAGAUCCAGAUGGAUUCUUUCUCCUUCCAUUGGAUCUUCUUCUCUUUUCUUUGCUUCCCAUUUCUUACAACUAUUGAUGCUGACACUGAUCGUAAUUCCAUCGUCACUCCUAUCAAUCGCGAUCUCUAUCAUUCCAGUGCCAACUUGAUGGGAGAGAUUGAGGCAUUGGCGAAUCGUCACCCAAACAAGCUUAGUAUAGAAACAAUUGCAUCUGAAAACAAGGGGUAUCAAGCACAGAUAGCUGUUGUUACUUAUUGCAGGGAUAGAAAGGAAGAUGACAAGUCAAAGUUCAGGAUCCUUCUUACUUUUGGACAGCAUGGGAGGGAGCUCAUUACAUCUGAGCUUGCCUUGCGAAUCCUUUCAAUUUUGAGUGAAGAAGAGUUUUUACCAAAAAUGGAUCGGAAGUCCUUGAACAACACACUUGACAAGCUUAUUAUCAAGGUUGUGCCAAUGGAAAAUAUUAAUGGUCGUAAACGUGUGGAAGCUGGAGAGCUUUGUGAAAGGAGAAACGGAAGAGGAGUUGAUCUCAACCGGAAUUGGAGUGUAGAUUGGGGCAAAAAAGAAAAGGAUUAUGAUCCUUAUGAAGAAAAUCCUGGAAGUGCUCCUUUCAGUGAGCCUGAGAGCCAAAUUAUGCGGAAAGUUGCCUUGUCAUUUGAGCCACAUCUGUGGGUUAAUGUGCACUCUGGAAUGCAGGCUUUAUUCAUGCCAUAUGACCACAGAAAUACUACCCCAGAUGGAGCAUCUUCAGCUAAAAUGAAAGCCUUGGUCAAUGAUCUAAACUAUCGGCACUUCCAAGGUCACUGCAUGACUGGUUCUGGGGGAGGCUCCGUGGGGUAUCUAGCACACGGAACCGCGACAGACUACAUCUAUGAGAUUGCAAGAGUUCCCAUGGCUUUCACUUUUGAGAUAUAUGGAGAUGAAUCAGCUCCGGCAAAAGACUGCUUCAGAAUGUUUAACCCAACAGAUUUAACCACCUUUAAGAGAGUUCUUAACGACUGGUCGGCUGCAUUCUUCACAAUUUUCAAGUUUGGACCACAACUGCUAGGUCUUGCAAACUCGGAGGAACCAGUUAAGUGGAUAUCGAUUGACGACUAUUUAGAUGGAUACUUGAUGAGUAGACGGAAUCGUUAUGGAAAGAAAAUGGAAGUGUUAGAGCUGGGAUUGCAGGAGAUACGAUCAUAUUUCAGACUUUUCAUGCUAUCUUGUGUUAUUUUGAUGUUUAUGUUCUGUACUAGAAUCUCAAAGAGCAAGCUUCAGAGGCCUAUUGUUUCUCCCUUGUCUCCAUGAUGCAGUUAUUACAAUUCUUUUGGUACCACAUUAUUCCCAUUAAUUAUAUGUAUUCUUUUUCUUGCGGUA